CGCGGCACCAGGCGGGGCGCGCGCCCGCCCGCUUCUCCACCCGGAAGAGCCACCUGAACGGCGAAGUUGAAGUGGUGCGCGGCUCGGCGUCCGUCGGGUGCGCGGGCCCGGCCGAGGAGCCGGCGCAGCGCCUAUUUCGCCCAGGCGCGAGGCGGAUCCGCCGCAGCCUGCGCGCCCCCGCGGCCGGCGACGCCUCGAGCGGCCGGCGCACGCGCCCCGCCCCGCCCCCAGCGGCCUCCUCGAGCGCCCGCAGCCAGGCCCGAGCUCUCCGCGCCCCUUGGCCUCGGGAGCAGCGUGUCCCCGAUGACUUCUGACACUGCGUAUCCGCCAAUUGAAGAUGAACAGUGAUCAAGUUACACUGGUUGGUCAAGUGUUCGAAUCCUAUGUUUCGGAAUACCAUAAGAAUGAUAUUCUUCUAAUCUUGGAGGAAAGUGACGAAGAUGCUCAUUACCCAGUUGUGGUUAAUGCCAUGACCCUUUUUGAGACUAACAUGGAAAUUGGGGAAUAUUUCAACGCAUUUCCAAGUGAAGUACUAACAGUUUUUGAUAGCGCUCUGCGAAGAUCAGCCUUGACGAUUCUCCAAUCCCUUUCUCAACCUGAGGGUGCUUCUAUGAAGCAGAAUCUUCAUGCCAGGAUAUCAGGUUUACCUGUUUGUCCUGAGCUGGUGAGGGAGCACAUCCCUAAAACCAAGGAUGUGGGACACUUUUUAUCUGUCACUGGGACAGUAAUUCGAACAAGCCUGGUGAAGAUCCUGGAGUUUGAGCGAGAGUACAUGUGUAACAAAUGCAAACAUGUAUUUGUGGUCAAAGCUGACUUUGAGCAGUAUUAUACCUUCUGCCGGCCAUCCUCCUGUCCCAGCUUGGAGAGCUGUGAUUCUUCAAAAUUCACUUGCCUCUCAGGCUUGUCUUCAUCUCCAACUAGGUGUAGAGAUUACCAGGAAAUCAAAAUUCAGGAACAGGUGCAAAGGCUAUCUGUUGGAAGUAUUCCACGAUCUAUGAAGGUUAUCCUGGAAGAUGACUUAGUAGACAGUUGCAAAUCUGGUGAUGACCUCACUAUUUACGGAGUUGUAAUGCAACGGUGGAAGCCUUUUCAGCAAGAUGUGCGCUGUGAAGUGGAGAUAGUCCUGAAAGCCAAUUAUGUCCAAGUAAAUAAUGAGCAGUCUGCAGGGAUCAUCAUGGAUGAGGAGGUCCAAAAGGAAUUUGAAGAUUUUUGGGAGUCCUAUAAGAGUGAUCCCUUUGCAGGAAGGAAUGAAAUAUUGGCCAGCUUGUGCCCUCAAGUUUUUGGGAUGUAUCUAGUAAAGCUUGCUGUGGCCAUGGUGCUGGCUGGUGGGAUUCAAAGGACUGAUGCUACAGGAACACGGGUCAGAGGUGAAUCUCAUCUUUUAUUGGUUGGGGAUCCUGGCACAGGGAAAUCCCAAUUCCUCAAGUAUGCAGCAAAGAUUACACCACGCUCUGUGCUCACCACAGGAAUUGGAUCUACUAGUGCAGGUCUGACGGUAACUGCUGUGAAAGACUCAGGAGAAUGGAAUUUGGAGGCUGGCGCAUUAGUACUUGCAGAUGCGGGCCUUUGCUGUAUCGAUGAGUUUAACAGCCUCAAAGAGCAUGAUAGAACCAGUAUCCACGAAGCAAUGGAGCAACAAACCAUAAGUGUUGCUAAGGCUGGCCUCGUGUGCAAGCUGAACACAAGGACCACCAUCCUGGCAGCAACUAACCCCAAAGGCCAGUAUGACCCCCAUGAGUCCGUGUCUGUGAACAUCGCCCUCGGUAGCCCUCUCUUAAGUCGAUUUGAUCUGAUCCUGGUUUUGCUUGAUACCAAGAAUGAAGACUGGGAUCGUAUAAUUUCCUCCUUUAUCUUAGAAAACAAAGGUUACCCAAGCAAAUCAAAGAAGCUCUGGAGCAUGGAAAAGAUGAAAACCUACUUCUGCCUGAUUAGGAAUCUACAGCCCAGGCUGUCCGAUGUGGGUAAUCAAGUCCUUCUCCGGUACUACCAGAUGCAGAGGCAGAGUGACUCCCGGAACGCUGCCCGGACCACCAUCCGCCUGUUGGAAAGCUUGAUCCGAUUAGCAGAAGCUCAUGCCCGCCUGAUGUUUCGUGACACUGUGACUCUGGAAGACGCUGUUACAGCCGUGUCAGUAAUGGAAUCCUCGAUGCAGGGUGGUGCACUGCUGGGAGGGGUGAAUGCGCUCCACACUUCCUUUCCUGAAAACCCUCUGAAGCAGUACCAGAGGCAGUGCGAACUUAUUCUGGAAAAGCUAGAGCUGCACAACCUCUUGAGUGAAGAGCUAAGAAGACUUGAAAGGUUACAGAAUCAGAGUGUGCACCAAUCCCAGCCACAGGCAGUGGAGGCAGAGACUAACCCAGGAUCCUCCAAAAAUGACCCAGGAGAAGCAUCAAAGUCCAGAAUCUGGUCAGCACAGCAGGAAGUGAACUGUAGCAUGCUGACCUCCUCUCCUGGAUGCAGUCCCAAGGGAAGCCCACUUCCUGAUCCCCUAUCCCAUGGGGGGCCUAAUAGACCAACAAAUAGAAAAUAUUCCACUGAGCACAAAAAUAGCAAAGAUGACAGUUUGGGCUGGUUUGACUCCAUAGCAACUCAUCAGCUUGAACCUCAAAACACUGUGCCUGUAUUUCCCAAAACAACUGGGGGGAAAAUGGCUUUGCAAAACUUCAAGAACAAAUCUCAGGGUAAGGUAAAGGGUGAGCCAGGCCAAAGGAGCAAAUUGGAAACUGGACAACGUCCAGCACCAGGAGAGACAGAAGCUCCAUCGAGGCCAGACCAUGUUGAAGGGAAAGAGGCAAGAAGGGCAGCAAUCGUUUCUGAAGUAGCAGGAUCUGCUGGUGAACCGGACUCAGUACUGACUCAUCACGUCCCCAGGAAGCUGCACCAGCUGCGCAAGGCCAGUGUGCAGGAGCUGUGCGGCAGCCCCACCACGGUGCCUUUACAGCCCACAGGCCCUCCUCAGCCUCGGUCCAGUCCUGCCCCUGGCCCUGAAGGAACACUGGAAACUCCCAAAAGAAAGAGACAAAAAUCCCUUGCUCAGAUGGAAGAGCCUGAGCUUGAAAGUGUUGAGAGUCCAGGUCCCCCCCUGGCCAAACUGGCAAAAUUUACUUUCAAACAGAAGUCAAAACUGACCCACUCCCCUGAAGACCACAGUGCUGUGUCUCCUGGCACAACUGAAGGAGCAGUUCCAAGUCCCAGAACUCACCAGAGAGCAAGAAGAGAAGCAGCUCUGCCUGGGAAGGGGCCACAAAAGUUGGCUUCUACCUCAGGAAGCAGAAACUCAAAUCAGCCACAGGGUAAGGCAAAGGAAGUGUCCCAGCAGGCACCGGAGGAAGACAGAUCAAGAGAGAAGAGCAAACACGGCCCUGAAGGAAGAGUUACCCAGCCUGAAUUUGAGCUUGGGAACCAGACUGGGCAUUCUCCUCUUACUUGUCAAAGAGACAGAAAGGAAGAGGUCUCAUGCAAUAAUAAGAGCAGCAAGGUUCAUGCUUGCACAUUAGCCAAAUUGGCCAACUUCUCCUUUACUUCCCCCUCUGAAUCCAAAUCAGAAUCCCCUCCUCCUCCUGAAAGUGAGAACCGGGGGGCGAGAGGCCCCAGCCUUCCUCCCGGGGCCACAGCUAUAGUGCUUGGCAGGAAAAGGAAAACUUUUCAGCUGGAGGGGUCCACUGAGAGAUUGCUUCUUUCCAAAAACUCUCUCUUUACUUUAUCAGAACUAGAUGACGAAGCAUUAGAUUUUGAUUGGGAUGAAGAAAUGAGAAAAAAGCCAUAAUCAUGAAAAGCUUUCUAGUCACAUUUCAGCCUCCCCAGCUCCACACAGCACCUUCGGGAUAUCGACAUGUGUCCGUAUGUGUACAGAACUAUUGGCCAUAUUGAGUACCAUUCUGAAUACCAGCUCUCCCGACAGGUGUUAUAAUUUCAGGUUUAUCUUCAUGACUUGCGAAGUUGUAUAAUCAAUGCCGGGCAGUGUGAUACAGCAUUUGAAGUAAUUGACAUUGUGCUUAAUUUUGCAGAUGGAAUACUUGUAUUCCCAAGAUGUUUCUGUUUGUUUUGGUUUCGUUUUUUAGUUGGUUUUGUUCCCUCUCUCUCUUUCUCUCUUUUUUUUAAUUGGGGGUUGGGUCUUCCUAAGAUUGCUUCUCCCAUUCACUCAGGAGCAAAUGCCAGGAAGGUAGCCCUCAUAAAGCUAACAAGUUAGAUGAACUCUUUUCUGUUGGUUUUUUUUUUUCCUAUUUUUUUCCUUCACCCAAGAUGUGCGAAGUGUGAAUAUUUAUUAUUUGCCAAAAUCAUGUGAUUUUUCUAAUAUUAUCUCUGUGUUUAUUCUCAUUUGUCAGAUUAGAUGUGACUAAUGCUUUUCCUUCUUUGAGAGGCAUCCUUACAGUCCAUGGUAUUCCUAAGGAUCUGGCAGCUGGUCAAACUGUAGCUUUCGGAGGUAUUGACCUUUUGAGUUUUCCGUUUGCUUGAGCUAACAUGUUGUGCUUCAGAUUCUUUGUUCCUUUGGGAGACCUACCCUUAACACAACUUAAAGCCUGUAGUUAGAAGGAGAAUGUGCAGUAAUCUCAAUCAUAUAUCAUGGCAUCUACCCAAGUGGUUAAUAUGGAAAUGUGAUUCCUACUAAGUUAUGAUUCAUUUGUCCUUCAAAACCAAGCAAAUGAUGACUGUUUGGUAGAAAUAGACAACUCAAGCUUUGUCUUAAGUCCUUUUAAAAUCACUUCCUCCUUUGGAUUCUAGCAGGGGCUGUUAGGAUUCCAUAAUUACAGACUUUCUCUUUUGAAAUAUGAAUUUUUUUUUAAGAUUUUUUAAAUUUAUUUUGAUGGAGAGAGACGAUAAGAGAGGGAACACAAGCAGGGGAAGUGGGAGAGGGAGAAGCAGGCUUCCUGCCGAGCAGGGAGCCCAAUGCGGGGCUCGAUCCCAGGACCCUGGGAUCAUGACCUGAGCCGAAGGCAGACCUUAACAACCGAGCCACCCAGGCGCCCCUGAAUUAUGAAUUUUUAAAAUAAUAAUUAAUAGAGGCUUUCAUUGUCUGAGGCACUUUUAGAUGUGAAGGAUACCCAAAACUAUAAAUACUUCAUUUAAGGAUUGCUUCAUUACAUUCAUACCAAAAAAAUUAAGGAACCCUAAAUUUUCUUGAGUAUUUAAAUGUUAAUUGCAAAAUUGACUAAAUUUUCUGAAAAAUUUUAACUGUGAGUACAAAUUUAGUAUGGAGAAAUAACACCUUAAACAGCUGGUAAAAGAUAGCUAUAAGCAGUGAUUAUAAAAUGUAUUAUUGCACAUUCCCUUCAACCUAUUCUAAAACAUUAAGACUAUGGUUUGGGUAAUUUCUUGUUAUUUCCGUACUUACUUAAUAACUUCCCAGUAUAUGAUUCUUAACGUGAUCUAUUCCCAAUGUCUCAGUAUUAGUGCUUUCCUGAGUUUCAGUGGUCUGACCAGAGGUGAGGGAAAAAGAGAGGAUCUGGGUUAUUGACCAGGUGAAUCUUGGUCUAGACACGGUCUGGCCUGAUUGUGUAGUAGGCUGCGGUAAUUCAAUUGUGAGUCACCCUGCCAAGCUGUUUGUGUGUGUGUGUGUGUGUGUGUGUGUGUGUGUGUGUGGUAAACUAUUAAUUCCUCUUCUUAUAAAUAUUUGUCCUUGAAACUUGGCAUCUUUUGCAGCUAUGAUGUAUUAAGCUUUGCAUGGCUGGUAGUACCUACCCUGUUGGCUUGUCAUUCGGAUAUUUUGAUCUGUUUUCAUUAUUUAAAAUGGCUGCAUUCCUUAUUGGGAAUCUUGAUUCUAGAGCUUUCAUUUCUUGGUAAUGAGGGAUUUAGUUUGUGUAGUUAACUUAUCUCUUCAGGACAUUGAAUAAUUCAUGUUUUAAAAUACAGUGUUGAAUUGUCUCUCUUCCCUAAUUAUUGUAUAUGACCACCUGUGCCACCUGCUAUGUGGUUAUUAUUUGUGCUCACCUUACAUCCUAUUAUUUAUGCUAAUAAAUCCACCCUAUUUUUUUAUUUUAGUACCUUCUACCAGGAUCGUUUGGCCAAGUUCCUAGUUCCGUGUAUUUUUUCUUUGAUGCUUACCUGGUUGGAAAUAACUAUAUAUGUAAAUAUUGUAAACAGACAAAAUUAUUAGAAGGAAUAAAAUACUCAAUACAGGGGCGCCUGGGUGGCUCAGUCUGCUAAGCAGCUGCCUUUGGCUCCGGUCAUGAUCCCGGGGUCCUGGGAUCGAGACUGAGCCCUAUAUCGCAUCAGGCUCCCUGCUCAGCGGGGCGUCUGCUUCUCCCUCUGCCCCUCCCUCCCCCACUUGUGCGCUCUCUCUCAAAUAAAUAAAAUCUUAAAAAAAAUAAAAUAAAAAUAUGAAUACUCCCCUACUUUCUAAAAAAUUUAAACUACUUUUUUGUUAUGACUACCUUGCUGUGCUUGUAUUUGAUGCUCAAAGUCUCACAACUUGAUCAAUAGGAAGUCCCAUUAUGUUGAUGCCAAUGUCCUUUCAGGACUCUGACAUUUCUAAAAGUAUCCAUAGUAUCUGAAAACAACAGCAUGCUCCAGACACGUUUUGAUUUUUUUCCGCUCAGGUCUUAGAAUCAGUUACCGCCUAAGGCAAUCUAUUCCCUUUCUGGGCGGAUGGUAUUACAAGCCAAACUCAUGGUCUCAAGGAUGCACAGGGAGUCAGCAGUGGGCAGAAGAACUACCACUGCUGUUGGCUCCCUGUAGUAGUUUCAGAGCUGAAAAUGUCUAAUGUCCUGAGGUCACAUUAUGUGAAAUCACAAGACUUUCUCUUAUAUGGUCUUUAGCGUGUACCAGAGAAGCACAUAGGCAUCUUGGGGAAAAUAGGUACAGUCUCAAAAAUCAUA